AUGGGGUCGAUAUUCCGUUCAGAAGAAAUGCAGCUUUCUCAACUUAUCUUACAUACUGAUUCCGCCUAUAUGUGCAUCGCUCAAUUAGGGGAACUAGGUGUUGUUCAAAUUCGCGAUACAACUCCUGAAGUUAAUGCCUUUCAGCGUAAAUUUGUUGACGAAGUGCGUCGCUGUGAUGAAAUGGAACGAAAACUACGCUACAUUGAGAACGAACUUCAAAAGGACGCUUUCCCUAUUUUCGAACCUGAUGAAGUUCCCAAGGCACCACCUCCACGAGAAAUGUUGGAUCUCGAAUCUAAUUUAGAUAAACUUGAAAAUGAGUUAAGAGAGGUGAAUUUUAGUCUCGAGCAAAUGAAGAAGUCCUUCAUGGAACUAACUGAACUGAAGAUGGUCCUUCGUCGCGCUCAACUAUUCUUCGAAGUGGGCUCCUACGAGGUCAACAUGAAUCUCGGCGGUGGGGACGAAAUGCUUGUGGAGAUUUCUGAAUCUCGGGACUCGAGAGACCGGCGCUCCGGCUACAUUGAAAUGGUCCCUCAAUCGGAUGAUUUCGACGUUGGUUUUCGUCAAGGUCAUACCACAUCUGCAACGUACAGCAGUCACCAUGUUGAUUUUGUUGCUGGUGUGAUCAUCCGGGAGCGGACCUUACCCUUUGAAAGGAUGCUAUGGCGAGCUUGCCGCGGAAACGUCUUUCUCCGAUACUCUGACCUCGAAAGCAUUGAAGACCCCGCUACAGGUGAACUGUUGGAUAAGUGCAUGUUCAUCAUUUUCUUUCAAGGACCGCAGCUUCGAUCGCGAGUGGAGAAUAUUUGCGAUGGUUUCCAUGCAACUCUCUACGCCUGCCCUGACACUCAGGAGAAACGUCAGGCGAUGUUGCUGGACGUCACUAGCCGUCGGGAGGACCUCCAAGUGGUGCUUAACCGCACCUUGGAGCACCGGGCGCGCGUGCUGGAGACAGCCGCGCAGAGCUUGCGCAAGUGGUUUUACAAGGUGCACAAGAUGAAGUCGGUGUACCAUGUAUUGAACCUCUUCAAUCUCGACGUUACCACCAAAUGUAUGGUAGGCGAGUGCUGGUCCGCCGUCUCCGACCUAGAUGCUGUGCAGAUAGCCCUACGACGCGGCAUGGAGCUCUCCAACUCCAGCCUCCAGCCCAUCCUCAACCGACUUCAUACUACCGAAAAACCUCCCACCUUUCAUCGCGUCAAUAAGUUCACGGGCGCCUUUCAGAACAUUGUCGAUGCCUAUGGUGUGGCCAAGUAUCGGGAGGUGAAUCCGGCUCUCUUCACUGUCAUCACCUUCCCCUUCCUGUUCGCCGUGAUGUUUGGUGAUGCUGGCCACGGUGCUAUCAUGUUUCUAGUGGGACUCUUUUUGGUUCUCUGGGAAAAAAAAUGUCUUACAAAGAAGAUAAAGGGUGAAUUGUGGGACACGUUUUUUGGCGGUCGGUACAUAAUCCUCCUGAUGGGCGUCUUCUCAAUCUACACGGGUCUGAUCUACAAUGACAUCUUCUCAAAGACCGCCAACAUUUUUGGCUCUUCGUGGUUCCCCCUUUUCGACAACCGCACGUUGGAGCGUGGUGAGGCUCUGCAGCUGAAUCCUGACACGCAUAUCGGCGCAGACGCCGCAUCAACUGGCAUGUUCGCCGGCUUCCCCUACCCCUUUGGUCUGGACCCCGUAUGGCAGGUCUCACACAACAUGAUCAUGUUCACCAACUCACUCAAGAUGAAAAUGUCCAUCAUCCUCGGUGUGUUGCAUAUGCUCUUUGGUAUUCUCCUCGGUGCCUUCAACUACAGGUUCUUCAAAAACUCCCUGUCGAUUUACUGCGAUUUGAUUCCUGAAGUUCUCUUUAUGCUCUCUAUCUUCGGCUAUCUGGUGUUCAUGAUCUUUUACAAAUGGAUCGUUUUUUGCUCAAAAGAUGCUGCCACGGCUCCAAGCCUUCUUAUUUCCCUCAUAAACAUGAUGAAAUUUGACUACGAAAAAAAGGACGAUACGCAAUCCCUCUACAAUGGGCAGCCAAUAGUCCAAAGCAUUUUGGUGGUGAUAGCCCUGCUCUGCGUGCCCUGGAUGCUUUUAGCGAAACCGCUCAUCCUUCAUCGGCGUCACAAGUUUCACAGGACCCUGGCCGCGAUUCGCUCAGCCGGAUUUGGAGAGUUGGGAAACACGGGCAACUCUGUGGUGGGGGCUGGAACGAGUGACUACGUGCCAUUUCGCAGUGAGGCCUCGCCUAAAUUUGAACCACCCUCCGAUCCCGAGGUGCCACACGCUAGCGGUGGACAUGGCGACUCCGAGGAGUUUGUGUUCGGUGAAGUGAUGGUGUAUCAGGCCAUUCACACAAUAGAAUUUUGCCUCGGAUGCAUCUCUAAUACGGCCUCCUACCUUCGUCUGUGGGCCCUCAGUCUUGCACAUGCUCAGCUGUCUGAGGUACUCUGGGAGAUGGUGAUGAUGAACGGCCUCAAGGUGAAUGGCUACUACGGUGGUAUCAUCCUCUUCUUUGUGUUUGCCGCGUGGGCUGGCCUCACAAUCGGUGUUCUGGUCCUUAUGGAAGGCCUCUCUGCCUUCCUUCACGCUCUUCGUCUUCAUUGGGUGGAAUUCCAGAACAAAUUCUACGAGGGUUCGGGCUACCUCUUUGAACCAUUCUCCUUUGCCAACAUCGAAAAGCUCAGUGUGGAGUGA